AUGUGGAUAGACGAAGCAGAUGGCUUCGCCGAGAUUUUUAGGGGCUACUUACCCUAUUAUUUGCUUGUGGCUCUGCCUAUUUUUAUCAUAAUGUCGCCUGUGAACCCGGUAGCUGCUUCUCACGAGUUUUCUGUAUACAGGAUGCAACAAUAUGAUUUACACACAGUUCCCCAUGGUUGCCGCAGUGCUAGCUUCAACUUAGAAGGUCGUUCACUCACUUCAUGGAGCACUUCCCGUCACUGUGUGGUUGCUAGAGUUCAAGAUAUCACCAUUGACCAAUUUAUGGAGAUCAGAGCUAAAGCAGGUGCAUUGUUGCUGGUGUUACCCAAAAAUGACACUGUUUUGACUCCAGAGGAAAAAGAGCAUAUCCAACUUCUGGAGAUGGCAAUGAUCCAGCAGGAAGUGAAUGCCCCAGUGUACUUCGCUCGCUGGUCUCCAGACUUCGAGGAUAUUAUCCGAGAUCUGCAGCACAGUUUUAUCACUGAUGAUAAAUCUGGCACUGCUUUGGAAGCAAUGAUGAAUACUGUAUCUUCUAAUGGCUACCAAAUUGUGGUGUCAGCAUCAACACCGCAGAAGCUAGAAUCGAAACCCGUUACCCUUCACGGCAAGCUGGUCGGACGCUCAGGGUCCUCGCAGACCAUCGUCAUUGCUGCUCAUUAUGACUCCUCUGCUGUAGUGCCUGAAUUAUCGCAAGGUGCCGAUUCAAAUGCCUCCGGUGCCAUUGCAAUUCUAGAACUAGCCCGAAUCUUCUCCCGUUUGUACUCCACGGCAGCCGUCCGCGGCGGACCUUCGAUUUUGUUUGUAUUAACCUCUAUUGGACACUCACUUAACUACUUCUCAGCAAAGAAGUGGUUAGAGGAACAGCUGGAUUCCACCGAUGCUGCGUUAUUACAGGAUGUCUCCUUCGUAAUGUGCCUGGACUCCAUAUCUUCAUCUCCAUCCAUGACUAUGCACGUGUCCAAGCCUCCAAAGCCUGGUGGCGCGGCGCACUCUAUCAAGACCAGACUUGGUGUAUCCAUAAAUCAUAAAAAGAUCAAUUUAGCUGAGGACCUGUUGGCAUGGCAGCAUGAGAGGUUCAGCAUCAGGCGGAUGACAGCGUUCACGCUUAGCUCACUGCAGAGUCACAAGGACCCGUCUCGGUACACUGUGCUAGACACACCUUCGGAAUCGAACCUGAAAAAUUUAAUAUCCAACAUCGCAGUUACAGCGCGAGCGCUUGCCUCCCACGUCUACAAUAUAACUGAUGAGGGCAGUGAUGAAGAUGCUGCGCUAUACAAUGAUGCACUGGCUGUAGACGAGGCGUCAAUAAGACAUUGGUACAAAUAUUUAACGUCACAGUCGCGGGCACCACAAUUAAUUACAACAACAUCAUCUAGUCAAGGCGUGACGGGCGCGCUGGAGCGUGCGCUGUCGCGCUACAUGGACGUGUCGGUGAGCGCGCACGCAGUGGACAAGCGGGAGCCCGAGUACACGCUCUACGGACCCACUGCCGCCUCCUUGUUCGUCUACAGUGUAAAGCCGGCAGUCUUCGACUUAAUAUUAACACUAGCGAUUAUCGCUUACCUAACAGUGGUAUAUUUCGCUAUACAAUUGUUCCCGCGUUUCUACGAAGAGUACGCCAAACUUGUCACGGGCAAAGCCAAAGUACAUUAG